AUGAUUCUGGUGGUGUCGUACAACGACUCGUUCACACCCAGCUGGAUAUCGUCUUUACCAAGGAACAUUGGGUGUCCGCCAAAAUACACCGCUGCACCUUCCGAUGAGACUCUGGUUCUUGUGGAUCUUUUGGAAAACAUCAGAGUCACCAGCUUGCCCUUCAAGGCGUCGCUGAUCUCAGAACCAACAGGCUCUCCAGACUUGAUCAGUUUCUUAUGGUAUGCGGCCCGGUCCACCAGCGAGGCAAACUCGGACGUGCUGAGAUCCGAAAUGGACACUAAAUGCUUCAAACCUUUGGACAUAUUUGACUCUUUUAUUUGCAGCUCGUCUGGAAUCGUCACUGGAGCUUCCGCAGCAACGACGGGCUCUGGAUCGGCCGAAACCGUCUCGUACCGGCUCAGCACCUCUAAAACGCUUUUCUUCUCGCCUCCAGACCCACUGGGUUCCGUGGAAACGCCCAUCUUCACCUUAUUCUUGCGCACAACCCGUACUCCAGACUCGGGCUCGUCCACGUCCAUGGUCGACUCGGCCUCGCUCGCAAAGAGCUUGCGUUUAGCGCCCAAUUUGCGCUUCCGGCUCUUGAAAACAGGCCUCCCUAUAGUGCUCGGUUCGUCCUCGGCCUCGUGGUCGCUGGGAAUCGAGAUCCGUCUCAUUAUGCACCAAGAGAAAAAAUUCCAAAAAAAUAUUUCCAAAUCCACAUCCACCAUGAGCACCAAACAGGCGUCCAGUUUCCUGGACAAACAGCCAGAUUUCUCGCAGGCGUGUCUUGCGCUGCACAGAGAAAUGCUUGCCAAGGGAAAAUCGUCGUAUACACAGGAAGAGCUGCUUGAAAUCACCGGCCAGGAAUCGAAUCAGGAGCUGAUGAAAUACGUGCAGGAUCUGCUUGACAGAGGAAUAGUGCGACUGCUCGAAAGCAAAGACCGAAAGGUGCUGUUCCAGCCAAUCACAGAAGCAGAGGCCGUCAAGGUCAACAGCAUGUCCAGCGACGAGGCCAUGGUGUACUCUUAUAUCGAGGCGGCAGGAAGAGAAGGUAUUUGGACCAAGACGAUCAAGGCAAAGACUAACUUGCACCAGCACGUUGUGCAGAGAUGUCUCAAGUCGUUGGAGAGUCAGUCGUACAUCAAAUCGGUCAAGUCGGUCAAAUACCCACAGAGAAAGAUCUACAUGCUGUACCACCUGACACCAUCGAUCGAGGUGACGGGAGGACCGUGGUUCACAGAUAGCGAGCUCGACUCGGAUUUCAUUGAUUCUCUGUUAAUUGUGAUAUGGAGGUUUGUGGCGUCGAGGUCCCACCCGCAGUGUUUCAAAAAGGGUGGACUCGACACGGAACAGUACUCGUAUCCUGUGUCGCACGACAAUGACCUGCCAACGCUUGAGGCGAUCAGCGAAUUCAUCGGCUCGAGUGGAGUCACCUCUGUGGAGCUCAGUUUGUCGGACAUCAGAUCGUUGUGCGUGGUGCUGGAAUAUGAGGAAAAACUGGCCAAGGUCAACAACCUUUACAAAGCAACAUGGAAUAGCGUGUUGGAAGCGGGCGGAGGAAAGGUCAGGGGAGAAGAUAUCUAUGCGCCUCAGAACGACCAGAUCUUCUCCAUUAGCGAUAAUUACCGGGUGAUUAGCCCGAUAGGCGAGUCGGAAAAGGACCAGCUUUUGUACUUGGACUCGUGGAUGAGCAUAUGA